AUGUUUAAAAUAAGCAAAUGUCAGAUAUUUGAUUUUAUCUCCAUCGUAGUUGAAAGUGCAGUUGGAUACUAUCUCUACAGAAAUAAUAAGAAACAAUUUUAUCUUGGUCUUCUAAAAACAAUUAAUAUAAAACAAAUAGCACUAGACAUUCUUUUAAUGAUAUUUAUAUCUAUUUCGUCUUUAAUAGUAAUGAUUUUUAUGUUUAUGUGGAAUGUUUAUAUUUUAAUGACAUUUAUAAUUGUAUCUAUUCUUUACAUCUCUUGUAAAAACACCUUAUUUUUAUGGUUAUUUUUGCCUUUGUACUUUUUUAAAACAGGACUAGUUGACGAUCCAAGAGUUCGUAGUACAAUAUAUUUAAAACUGCCAGUUCUUGUAUGUUUUGCUAUAUAUAAUCAUAUCAACUUAUUUAUUAGUAUUGUUAUUCUAGAAUUAGUUCUUUCUACAGAUUACAAUGGUUUUAUGAAGAUUUUGUUUCUUUUUAUGAAUUUAAUAAUGAUUUUUAAUAUAACAAAGAAGAUUUCAGUAAAUACUAUCUUAUUGCUAUUUAAGUAUAGAGAUGGUUAUAUUGAAAGUUUUAUAACUAGAAUAAAAGCUAUAGGAAUAGUAUGCAUGUCAUCAAUCCUAAAGAUUUUUUCUGUUUUUUAUCUAAGCCCGUGGAUAGAAGAUUUUAUUGUCAUUUAUUCUUUAAAUCAUGACACUUCUUAUUUUGAAUCAGUGAUAGAAUUAAAAAAACUGGAAAUUAAAAAGUGUCAUCGUGCCAGGUUUCUAUUGUAUCCUUAUACUAUAAUUAUGGUAUAUUUUACUUAUAAUUAUGUUAAUUUAACUUUCUUUGGGACAUACCAAAAAAUAAUAUUUUUUUUAGAUUUUCAUAUUUUUUAUAUUGAAAUUUAUCAGACAAUUUCAGAUUAUUACAGAUUAAUUGAUAGUGAGAUGGCAUGUAAAAAUAAUAAAUAUACAGAAAUAGAAAUAAAUUAG